AUGUACAUUGAACAAAAAAGAAUUGGAAAAAAGCACCAGGUCAUAAACCAAGCCAUUGGUGACGAGGAGGUAGAUCCCGAGGAGGGAAUGUGCUUCGGCACAUUAGAAGAUGCGCGUGCAUAUUAUUACCGAUAUGCGGCUAGGACUGGAUUUGUCGUCAAAAUAAGAACCACCGGCUGGGAGACCAUAAACGAUCAGAGGGUGGUUGUUAAUCAAGCUUUGCAUUGGAACAGAGAUGGAUACCGCACAUCCCGUGUAAAGGCACCCCAGAGAAGGAAAACAGUGGCCUCAACAAACUGCAAAGCCCGUUGCUAUUUGGCAUUAUAUAAAAUGACAGGGCAGUGGAGAAUUUCUCGAGUAGAGGUAUCCCACUCACACCCGCUUAAUCCGAAGCUAUCUAGAAUGUUCUCAACAAACCGUCAGCUAAGUAUGCAUGUGAAGGACCUGAUACAGCAAAAUGACCAAGCUGGCAUUAGACCGAGUAAGACGUACCAGGCACUAGCCAAUGCAGUCGGUGGCCCUGCCAACCUCACCUUUACAGAGAAGGAUGUUAGAAAUUACAUUAGUCGUCACUUACGCAUUUCCGAAGAUGAGACGGAUCCAAAAGAGUUACUUAAGCACUUCUCACGGAUGAAGGAGCUCAAUCCAAACUUUUUCUUUGAAAUAGAUGUGGACGAAAACCAUAGCAUUAGAAAUGUGUUUUGGGCCGAUGCUCGGUGUAGAGCUGCAUGGGAAUAUUUUGGUGAUGUCGUGACGUUUGACACUACUUACAAGACUAAUAGGUACGACAUGCCGUUUGGGUCUUUCGUAGGUGUCAACCACCAUGGGAUGUCUACGCUUCUUGGGUGCGCAUUAUUGCGGAAUGAGGACACUCGUACAUUCGAAUGGCUUUUUCGUACUUGGUUGAAGUGUAUGGGUAAGGCCCCCAUAUGUGUUAUAACAGACCAAUCGCUGCAGAUGCGUUCUGCAUUAGAGACCACAUUACCACACACACGCCAUAGAUGGUGCAUAUGGCAUAUCCUAAACAAGAUACCAAACAAGCUGAUAUGUUUGCUGACCGACACAUGUGGGUGCCAGUAUUUUUCAGUUUUUGAUAAGUACUUAAACAGUAAGAGCUCUUUGUUGCAAUUUGUUUGCCAAUACCAAAACUGUGUUAUAGACAAGGAGCAAAAGAAGCUUGAGUGUGACGCUGCUGAUUUAAGGGGUAUUAUCCCUUGUGUUUCCAGCUCACCAAUAGAGAAGCAGUUUCAGAGAGAAUAUACAAACUCCAUGUUUCGAGACGUUCAGGAUCAAUUUAUAAAAAAGGCCGAUUGUGACAUCUCCUUAAUCAACCAUCAUGGCACAAGUAUAAUUUGUGAAGUUGACCAACAAAAGAUGGUGUUUGACAUGUCAGUGUACAGCAGAUACCAAGUCGUGUAUUGCUCUCAGUCAUCAGAUGUUCAAUGUGAUUGCUUUAUGUUCCAAUCGAAUGGUAUUCUAUGCUGCCACAGUCUUGCUGUUCUUCUACAUUUUCGUGUGACAGCAGUGUCCUCACAAUACAUUCUAUCCCGAUGGAGUAAGAAUGUUAGUCGGAGACACACAUACAUCAGGAGUAGCAUUGACAUGGACCGUUCUGAUGAAAGCAUGACAAUUUUUAUGCAAUUGUGUUCUGAUUUUUACAACAUCGCUCAGGAUUUUGUGGCUACUCCAGAGGUUGCUGCUAUAUUGCGUGAUGCCAUGGACAGUGCUUGGAAGAAGCUCAGAGAACACAAGGAAUUCGAGCAUCAAGCUGCAUAUGUACCAAGUGCGAUUUACUCACAUACGCAUGAUGAGUGUCCCGUUAGCAUGGAUGAGCUACAUGGCCCACGUCGUGUUCCUACGCGAGGUCGUCCAACUUCCACCAGACUUGGGACAGAUCUGGAAAAAUCUAUUAAAAAGAGGGCACGCAAAAACAAGAACACUCACAAUCACAACAAGGAAGCAUUCUUGGAGGAUUCGAAGUUUAACAUCACUACAUAUCAUAAGCAUUAG